CUCAGCUCAGGAGAUCACAGGCAGCAAGCUGGUUUCCGUGCAGCCCCGAGGAGCUCUUGCGAGAAUUGUUAUUGUAAUGGCGUCCACGUCGAGCUCGACGUCGGUGGACGAGAGGGAGCGCAAGCGGAAGCGUGCGGACUCCACGCCGUCGGCCGGGGCGGGGGCGGAGGCGCAGCCGUCCAAGUGGCGGACGCGGCGGGAGCACGAGAUCUACUCGUCCAAGCUCUUCGAGGCGCUCCGCCUCGUCCGAGGCGGGUCGACUGCCGCGUCGCCGUCGACGGCCCCGGCGCGCGGGCGGGCGGUGCGUGAGGCGGCCGACCGCGCGCUCGCGGUGGCCGCCCGCGGGCGCACCCGCUGGAGCCGCGCCAUCCUGGCGUCCCGCCGCCGCCGCCUCCAGGCCGCCCACCGCGCGAGGCUCCGCGCCCCGGCCUGCCCGCCGUCGCGGCACCCCUCCGCUGCCGCGUCGGCGUCGGCGGCGGGGAAGGCCCCGGCGCUGGCGAGGAAGGCGAAGGUGCUCGGGCGGCUGGUGCCCGGGUGCCAGAAGCUGCCGUUCCCGGCGCUGCUCUCCGAGGCGUCCGACUACAUCAAGGCGCUGGAGAUGCAGGUGCGCGCCAUGACGGCCCUGGCCGAGGUCCUGGCCAGCGUCUCCUCGUCGUCGUCCCCAGCCUCCGGCAGCUCCUCCUCGUCGUCCUCCUCGCCGGCGUGACUUUGAUCCGUGUAUUCGUUGUAAAUUUCGCUCCUCCUCCUUCUUUUUCCAUUUAAUUUUCCUCGUGGGAUGGGAUUAGUUAGUUAGUUCGUGGUGUUGGUUGUCGAGUUAGUUGAGCGGUUAGUGUGGGGUGGUGGUGGUGGUGAUAAUGAUGGCACUCUGGCGAUUUCGCCCGUGCUGUAAUGCCUGCCGAGUAGGCACAUUCGUUCGUUUUGUUCGCGUCUCUUUUUUCCUUGGGAUUCUGCCGUUCGAUCCAGUCUCCGAUA